AUGUCUGUCGGUAGUACCAAGAGAGAUGACUUAUACGUUUACGAUUUGUCGCAGAGGAUUUUAGAUUCUCUGGAAUUGAUGAUCUUUGACUACGGUGCUAAUGAAGUCGAUGUCAAAAAGACCGUUAUUAGUUCACCAAGUGCAGAGGGUAAAAAAACCCAUGCGUCUAAUGACAUUGGAGUUGGUUCUUCUGUGACUUGCAGUAAAUGCAGCGCCUCAAUUGAUGGCGAAGAGGACAGAAAAGAUCACUACAAAUCGGACUGGCACCGGUUUAACAUCAAACGACAUUUGAACAGGCUAGAGCCCGUAGGCGCAGCAGAAUUUGACCAAAUAAUGGAUCAAGAUGACGUGGAAAGUCUUUCAGGAUCUGGUGAUGAAAGUGAUGACAGUGAAGACGGUGAUGAUCUGUAUAAGGAGGACAAAGACGAACUCACGGCCCGUUUCGAUGAACAACUUGCUUCCAUGCAAAUCUGCGAACAAGAGACUGGAGAGGGGACUUCUCUGAGCCAUUUGCAUACCCGAUCCCCUCAGUUUUUUUUAAAAUCGUCUACUUUACCUGACACAGAGGUUUUUGGAAUUUUCAAAGCGAUAUUCAGUAAAGAAACCAUCGAGAGACCUUUGGACACUCUAAGAGACUGGAAAAGUCAGGCAUCAGCACAAGACCGCAUUUCUGCGGUUUUUAUGAUUGGCGGCGGUCAUUUUGCCGGUGCUAUUGUAUCUCAUCAGAGGCUAAAUGUCAAGGGCAAUGCAACGAAGACCGACCUGAGCUUUCAGGAACAAGCCGUCCAAUUCGUUGAGCAUAAAACGUUUCACAGAUACACGACACGUCGGAAACAAGGUGGGUCUCAAUCGGCAAUGGAUAACGCCAAGGGUAAAGCGAAUUCGGCUGGGUCAUCGCUUCGAAGAUACAAUGAAGCUGCUCUUCGGAAUGAUGUCCAAAAUCUUUUGCAGUCUUGGAGAAAGUUCCUUGAGAAAUGUGAGAGCAUCUUCAUAAGGGCGAAAAGUAGUAACGACAGGAAGAUGUUUAUAAAUGAGCAAAGUGGCCUUACUAAAGAUGAUGAACGUGUUAAGUCAUUUCCCUUUACUACAAAGCGUCCAACAACCAAUGAACUUAAGAGAGCAUGGUGCCAGCUCUCAUAUUUAUCAGUCGAGGCUAAACCUCAAUUUGCUUCGAAGCAGCCCGAAAACAAAGAACCAAAGGCAUCAAAAUCGUCAACACCAGUCCCCAAGCAAGUUGAACCAGAAAAUCCGGGUGUGAUUCACACUAGGGAACUUGUAACUUAUCUGAAAAAGUCAAAAGCUCCUCUCCUCAUCGCUUACUUGCGAAAGCAUAAACUCGACGUUAACUUCAAGCUCGAACCAACUUCUGAAUAUAUCCAGACACCUACCAUGCUACAUUUUGCAUCUCAACAGGGCCUGAAGAAUAUGGUUUCGAUACUGCUCACGAAUUUGAAAAGUGACCCAGCUAUCAAGAACCAGCUUGAUAAAACAGCAUGGGAUCUAACAAGAAAGAUGGAAGUUAGACAAGCCUUUCAAGUUGCACGAGGAAAACUAGGGGAAAAAUACGCCAACUGGAACGAAGCUCAUGUUGGCCCGCCAUUGAGCAGAGAGGAUAUUGAAAAAGAGGCCCAAGCAAGAGAGGAGCAGAGCGAACGAGAAAGAAUAGAAGCAGUACAAGCCGAACUUCAAGCCGCAAAAGAAAAACGACUUGCUGAAGAUCAGGCUCGAAAAGGUCCAGGCAAAGUUCUCGCAGGGAAUCUUUCAUCUUUGCAGCAGAAUAUGAAUUCUUUAAAUGACGAUCAAAGAAUGAAAAUAAUGCGAGAACAACGAGCUAGGGCAGCAGAAGCCCGAAUGCGCCAAAAUCAGUCUAGGUGA